AAUGGCUCGAAGACAUUCAAAUGCUGCGUUACUCGUUGAAGCACACGACCUUAGUUAAUAACGUUAGGCUUGUAGACAGUCAUAAAACUUCCGGGAAAGAAAUCGCGCAAAAGUUAUGAGUGUUGUUUCACCUAGUGAUUUGAUCAGAGAAUCUGCCCAUGUUAAGUCAGCAGAAGAACACAAAUUAUUAUCUGACAAAGCAUUAUGCAAUCCUAAGGAAUUUUGGUUGGGAUAUGCAAUGAAGUUUCACUGGCAUUCACCCCCUUCAUUCGGAAAAUGUCUUAGUUACAAUUUCGAUUGCCGUAAAGGACCUAUUUUUGUUAAAUGGUUUGAAGAUGGAUGCACAAAUAUUUGCUACAAUAUCUUGGAUCGCAAUGUUGACCGUGGUUUCGACGAUAAAGUGGCAAUUUUAUGGGAAGGCAACGAUCCAAAUGAUACAAAUCGUUUGACGUACUCUGAAAUGUUGGCCAAGGUCAAAAGGAUUGGUAAAAUGCUCGCGAAUCUCGGUAUUAGGAAGGGAGAUUGUGUUGCCAUUUAUAUGCCUAUGAUUCCAGAGCUCCUGAUGACUAUGUUAGCAUGUGCCCGUAUUGGUGCUGUACAUACUGUUGUAUUUGGUGGGUUUUCUGCCUGUGCUCUUGCCGAUCGAAUUAUCGAUGCCAAAUGUAGCAUUCUUAUCACUGCUGAUGGAACUUGGAGAGGGUCGAAACUUAUUCAACUUAAAUCAAUUGCGUCUACUGCAAUGGAUAUGUGUGAAGAUAAAGGAUAUUUUGUCCAACGAUGUGUUGUAUUUCAACAUGUUACUGCUUUUCCCUCUAAAUCCACUAAUGGAAUAAGUAAUAAUGUUGAAAGUAAAGAUGGUGUUCGACCCGCUUCAAUGCUUGAUGUUCCAUUGAAGGAUGGUCGUGAUUAUUGGUGGCAUGAUAUAAUCAGUACUAUUCCUGAAAAUACUGAUUGUCCUGUAGAAUGGGUGAAUUCAGAAGAUCCGUUAUUUAUACUUUAUACAAGUGGGAGUACAGGCCGACCGAAAGGUGUUGUACACACCACAGGUGGCUACAUGGUUUAUACAGCUACAACAUUCUUCUACACGUUCGAUUACCAUGAAGAUGAUAUAUAUUGGUGUACUGCUGAUGCCGGUUGGAUAACAGGUCAUUCAUACGUUGUAUAUGGACCAUUAUUAAACGGUGCUACAACUGUAAUAUUUGAAGGUAUUCCAACUUGGCCUGAUCCGGGUCGAUAUUGGUCUAUCGUAGAUCGAUAUAAAGUGACAAAAUUCUAUACAGCUCCUACAGCAAUUCGUACAUUAAUAAAAGCUGGUGAUCAAUACGUCCAAUGUUAUGAUCGUACAUCAUUAAAGGUCCUUGGAAGUGUUGGUGAGCCAAUCAAUGUAUCUGCUUGGGAAUGGUAUUAUAAUGUUGUGGGUAAUGGUAAAUGUUCAAUUGUAGAUACAUUUUGGCAAACAGAAACUGGUGGACAUAUGCUUACUUCAUUACCUGGAGCAAAUAUAAUGAAACCUGGUUGUGCUACUAAACCAUUCUUUGGCAUUGAUGCUCGAAUAUUAUCUGAGAGUGGUGAAGAUUUAACAGAAAAGUCAAAAACACUAGGUAUCAAUGUAGAAGGUUAUUUGGUCUUUGCUAAACCAUGGCCUGGUAUGAUGAGAACAAUCAAUAAUAAUUAUGAAUUAUUUGAAUCAGUUUAUUUUAAACGUUUUCCUGGUUAUUAUGUUGCUGGUGACGGUUCUGUGUUAGAUAAAGAUGGAGAUUUCUGGAUAACAGGUCGUUUAGAUGAUAUGCUAAAUGUUAGCGGUCAUCUUAUUAGUACAGCAGAAGUAGAAAAUGCUCUUCUAUUAGAUCCAAAUGUUAGUGAAGCUGCUGUUGUUGGUCGUAAACAUCCAGUUAAGGGUGAAUGUUUAUAUUGUUUUGUUACAUUGAAAGAUUCUAUACUAAAUGAUCAUAUGAAUGGUUUCAUGAAUGCUGAUAUAAUUACACAAGAAAUGAAAUCAGAAUUAUGUCAAAUGAUUCGGACAAAAAUUGGACCAUUUGCUACUCCAGAUUACAUCCAGAGUGCACCUAUAUUGCCAAAAACACGUAGUGGUAAAAUUAUACGACGUAUAUUACGUAAAAUAGCUAAUGAAGAUUAUGAUUUUGGUGAUACAUCAACUUUAUUAGAUUAUUCUUGUUUAGAGACUUUAAUUAAAUUAUCAAAAUUUGUUAUAAAUACAUAAUUGAAUAUGUUUUCUUAAGUUUUAUUGUUGAUCUUCUUUUUAUCUCUUUUAUUUUCUUCAAAACUGUGUGACAAUCACAUAGAUGAAAAUUAGUAAUGAUACAUUCAAUAUACCUUUAUAUUAUGAUCACAUUUACAUUGAAGUGUUUAUUCGCUCAUUGUUAUUAUUUUUCUAGUUAAAUAACAAUUUUUUUUUUAAAAAUUCAUUCUUUCUUUUGUCAUAUCAUGAAUUAAAUGUUUUGUCUUCAAUGUGUUUAUUUACUUAUCUGUUUAUCUUUUCUUAUGGUUCACUGUUGUCAGUUGUAUUAUUAUUAUUAUUAUUAUUAUUAUUAUUAUUAUUAUUAUUAUUAUUAUUAUUA